AUGGAUAGAUUUAUUACAAAAGAAUCAGGCGUUCCUUCCGGUAAUGCGGUACCGGUAGUUGAUCAAGGUCCUGCACUUGAUAUUAAUAUUGAAAAUGAUCUUAGAGAUGGUCAAACAGGGACAGAAAAUAAUGUUGACGAACAGGAAGUUCACACAAAUGUUGAAACAGAUAAUGAUGGUGAUGGUGAUAACAAUGAGGACAUUGGUGAUUCUUUUCAGCCUGAUAUAUUUGAUCCACGAUAUUGGGAUUCACUUAAUCCUAAACAGAUAGAUAUUUUAGCACAAAAGGGCCUUAGAAGAGACUUAUCAGUUUUGAAAGGUCCCAAGGAUAGGUAUUCUAGGAGGUUUUCUGCACUAUUCUAUACUAGAAUUCUACCAAAUGGAGAGCCUUGCGAUAGAGAUUGGCUUGUCUAUUCAAAGGAACUUGAUAGAGUAUUUUGCUUCGCUUGUAAAUUAUUCACAAAAGGGUACAGAAAGGGUCAAUUGGCAAAUGAGGGGUAUAAUGAUUGGGUACAUCUUGGUGUUAGGCUUAAAGAGCAUGAGACAAGUGCAGAUCAUGUUUUGAAUAUGACAACUUGGUAUGAGUUACGUAGUAGGCUGCAAAGUGAUCAAGCUAUUGACAAAACUGCUCAGCGACAACUUGAGAAAGAAAAAGACCACUGGAGAAAAGUAUUAUUCAAAAUUGUUUGCAUUGUUAAAUUUCUUGCCAAGCACAGUCUAGCAUUUCGUGGUACUAACAGCAAACUGUAUGAUGACAACAAUGGAAAUUUCUUAGGUUUGAUAGAGAUGUUGGCAGAAUUUGACCCAGUUAUCCAAGAGCAUGUUCGUCGUAUUACAAGUGAAGAAACUCAACUUCAUUAUCUUGAUCCAAAGAUUCAGAAUGAGUUGAUACACUUGCUUGCUUCUGCUAUUAAGUCUGAAAUUGUAAGGAAAAUUAAGAGAGCAAAGUAUUUCUCUGUCAUACUUGAUUGUACCCCUGAUGCAAGCCAUCAAGAACAGAUGUCUUUAAUUAUCAGAUAUGUGGAUUCAUCUUCAGAUAAUAUUUCCAUAGAAGAAUCCUUUCUAGGUUUUUUAGAUGUAAAUGAUACAACUGGACAAAGACUUUUUGAGGUGUUAGAGAAUGAACUAAAGUGUCUUGAUCUUGAUAUUGAUGAUGUGAGAGGCCAAGGUUAUGACAAUGGGUCAAAUAUGAAAGGAAAACAUCAAGGGGUGCAAAAGAGACUUUUGGAUGUAAAUCCCAAAGCUUUCUAUUCUGCUUGUGGGUGCCACAGUCUUAAUUUGACACUUUGUGACAUGGCCAAGACUUGUGGUCCAGCUAAAGAUUUCUUUGGAAUCAUCCAGCGCAUUUAUGCAACUUUUGCUAAUUCCACUAAGAAAUGGCAGAUUCUAAAAGAUAACAUAACAUCAUUGACUCUUAAGUCAGUUUCAGCUACACGAUGGGAGAGUCGUGUUGAAAGUGUUAAAGCUAUCAGAUUUCAAUGCGCCGACAUUCGAGAGGCUCUACUUCAGGUAUCUGAUGUUGAUAAAGAUCCAAAAACUAGCAGUGAGGCUAAAGGUUUGGCGAAAAAUGAACUUGGAGAAUUUGAAUUUAUAGUGGCAAUAGUCAUUUGGUAUGAGAGUGCUGCCGCCCUCUGCAUCUCGCCGAUAGCGUGGCGCAGGAUUCCGGAAGGCCCUGUGUGGCUAUCGAUUUUGAGAAAAGUGACGCUUGUCUACGUUCUAGAUCUACCCAAAAUCAGCGAUGCCACAAGUGACUGGCAGAAAAUUGGACCCUUCUCUGAAAUCGGACCAGGGCUUUUUUUUCCCAAAUUGGUGGCCACACAAGGACUAGAGCUUUCUUUCUGA